AUGAUGAACAGAACCACCACGAUAAUCAUCAGUCUGUACCCAAUCGCAACAAGUAGAGGUGACGCGUUAGAUCGCGAGAUAGAUGGCCGUGUUAACCGGCAAACGCAAGCCAUUUUCGGGAUCGGCGAUGGAGGAUCAAAACUUAAAGCUGCUACAAAGGCCGAGUCAAUUUCUCAGCGGUAUGCCAUGACGCGCCACCUACUUACAGAGCUGGAAAAGAGAACGCCUCAUAAUUAUGAACAGGAAAAGAUCCCCAGGUUGUUUUACCAUCCAACCUGGCUUGCAACGCUACGCAACUCAAAUUUGGUCAAGUUAUUCCAUACACGUUAUCAUGACACUGAAUUGGAGAAGGCGAUGCCGGAUGAAAUUUACGAUUGUCCUUCGACAGCUGACAACCCGUAUGAGGCAGUGACGUAUGCUGAAUGUUUCGUCGUUCAAGAGACUACACAUGAUCAUCGCAUAACAGGUUCAAGACAGGAAGCUGCCAAAUUUUGUUUCAAAUACCUCCGGAAAAGCAAAUGGAUUUCGAAAAUGGCUGACAGAUCUUAUGAUUGCAUGAAAGAGGGAAUCGUUCAACUACUAGCAACAAAGAAUGUGUCACUGUGCGUGGACAUUUGGAAAAAUUACAACUCUAGAUACCUAGGGGUGUUGAUGUACAGCGAUUUCGGACACGUAUUACUCGCGUUCGAAAACUUCUCUGACCGACGUGAAACAGCAACUGAAAUGGCUGAUGCAAUUGGUGAAGUUAUUAAACAGCACAAGACUGAAGAAAGAGUUUUAGCAAUAACAUUUGACAAUUUUAGGGAAAACCCAAAAGCUCUCUACGUUACGUUCAGCCUCGCCAACAACGUGAUUGGAUCAAGAAGGAUCAAUCUCGGCGAUGAAAAGCUUUUAAAACUAAUGUGUAUUGUCUCGUUUGUCAAUUCUAUCCCGGAGCUGCAAAAAUUGGAACAUCAAUUUCGCUUUGCAAUUGAAGAUGAAGACAAUGAGUGCCCUCGUAUGGAGAUUGAGGAUAUGUCGGAUGUUUGA